UCCGGAAAGCCAAGGCCUUGUCUGCGCUUCCGUAUACAUUCUGCUCUUGAUCCUAUUCAUCCCGUUCGCGUUCUCGGAUUCGAUCUCCGGUCUUGCCAAUGCAUCGAAGGUCCGAGAGGGUCUUUCGGUCAUUGAAUUUCCGCAUCAUCAGCUUGCGGUCUAUCUCUCGUCGCUGUUGUCCUUGAUGAUCGCCACAGUACUUGGCUUUCUAGACGACGUGUUCGACAUUCGCUGGAGACACAAAAUUCCGAUUCCGAUCAUAGCUUCUAUUCCGUUGCUGAUGGUUUACUACGCUGAGCGGGGUAACACUCAUGUCGUGGUUCCGCUGCCACUCCGGUCCUUAUUUGGCAAUUUGGUCAACCUCGGGCCACUUUACUAUCUGUAUAUGUCACUUUUGAGCACGUUUUCGACGAACAGCUUCAAUAUUUUGGCUGGAAUCAAUGGCGCGGAAGUCAGCCAAGCGUUGAUCAUCGCCGUCUCUGUCAUCCUGAACGAUCUCCUGUUUCUUCCCUGGCCGCUGGACUUCAGAAUACCUCUGCAUUUGCUUGGCGGCCGUGCUGAGGUUGAGAUAGGCGGUGUUUGGAGUGCUGGAAUGGCUUAUGGAAGCCGCGAAUUGGUCGAGCGCCAUCUGUUCAGUCUAUACUUCAUGCUGCCACUGGUAGCGGUCUGUGCCGGCUUCUUGUACCACAAUUGGUACCCUGCGCGUGCCUUUCCUGGCGACACGCUGUGUUAUGUCACCGGAAUGGCAUUUGCAGUGGUUGGGAUCCAAGCCCACUUUUCGAAGACACUGCUGCUGUUUUUCAUUCCCCAGAUCUUCAACUUCUUGCUCUCUUGCCCGCAGCUCUUUGGACUUGUCCCCUGUCCGCGACACCGGGUUCCAAGGUAGGCCCUGGUCGGUUUUUGCCGCCGAGGCUAAUAUCUUGGCGCAGGGUUGAUCAUGCGACGAACCUGCUGCACCCCUCGAAAGCCAUGUUCCUGCAGCCGCCAAGCGCAUUGUCAACUGCAGUGCUCAAGAUCCUUGCUGCAGUCGGCCUGACCGAAUUGACGGUGCAUCCUGGGAGUGGCAACAUUCUCGAAGCCAACAACUUGACCAUUCUCAAUUGGUUUUUAUUACGGCUCGGGCCGAUGUCCGAGAAAAGUCUCGUCAAAGUCUUGAUGUACUCUCAGGUCUGCGGGAGCGUGAUUGCCUUUGCCGUACGGUACGGCCUGGCGGGGCUUGUGUUUGACGGCAAUCGACGGUAAAGACCCGGCUAAUGAGAUGGCCCGAGGUGGAUGCCAUCCGUAAACAGACGGAACGGAGCGAGACCUUCUUUUUAUCUCCGCUCCCGAAUGCGGGGGUAGACGGGGCUCCGGGUAGGUAAUUCGUAGAGCACAGGUGAUCGGCAGAUAAAAAUCACAUGUCGCGACUAUUAAACAGGGGGUGAAUUCCAGGGUCUUGAACUCUCCACCACACAACUAUCAUGUCCAGAGAACGCAUCGCAUUUGCUGAGGAAGUUGCCCGGGUCGAACAGUGGUGGAAGAACCCCCGCUUCGCUCGAGUGAAGCGCCCGUACUCAGCUGCCGACGUCGUUGCUAAGCGGGGGACUCUCCCAAUCGAGUACCCAUCCAACGUCCAGGCGAAGAAACUGUGGUCCCUCUUGAGCGAGCAUGCUAAACAGGGCACGCCCUCACAUACCUAUGGCGCGUCAGUCUUCGAGCUCGUGGUCCACAACAUCACACUCACCGCUUGCAGAUUGGACCCUGUCCAGGUAACCCAGAUGGCCAAAUACCUCGAGACGGUAUAUGUCUCUGGGUGGCAGUCAUCCAGCACGGCAUCCAGCACCAACGAACCCGGCCCCGAUCUCGCUGAUUACCCAUCUAACACGGUCCCCAACAAGGUCGAGCACCUCUUCAUGGCCCAGCUGUUCCACGACCGGAAGCAACGCGAGGCGAGGGCCAACAUGUCCGAUGCCGAACUCGCCAGUGCUCCUGCUCCCGUCGACUAUCUCCGACCGCUGGUCGCUGAUGCAGACACUGGACACGGUGGACUGACAGCAGUCAUGAAGCUCGCUAAGAUGUUCGUGGAGAAGGGCGCUGCCGGAAUUCACGUGGAAGAUCAAGCCCCGGGAACCAAGAAAUGCGGCCACAUGGCCGGAAAAGUUCUGGUCCCCAUACAGGAGCACAUCAACCGUCUCGUCGCGAUCCGGUUGCAGUUCGACAUCAUGGGCGUGGACAACCUGGCCAUCGCCCGGACAGACUCCGAGGCCGCUACGCUCAUCACUUCCAACAUCGACGAUCGCGAUCAUGCAUACAUUCUCGGUGCAACCAAGCAGGGCCAGGAGCCUCUGCAGAAGGUGAUGACCGAUGCGGAGAGAGCUGGAAAGGUCGGCGACGAGCUCCAGCGUAUCGAAGACGAAUGGGUAGCCGCGGCCGGUCUCCAACUGUUCUCAACGGCGCUUGCCGUCGCGCUCUCCCAACAAGGCGUGUCGGCGGGAACGGUUGACCGCUUUGUGGCACGCGUCGCACGAUCGUCGUACCCAGAGGCGGUGGCAAUCGCUCAACGGGAGUAUGGUCUUCGCAGCGUGCCGUACUGGAACUGGGACAGCCCUCGGACCCGAGAGGGAUACUACCGGUACCAAGGCGGGACGGAGUGUGCGAUCAUGCGUUCGAUCGAGUACGCGCCGUACGCGGAUUUGUUGUGGAUGGAGACGAAAAAGCCUAUCUUGGAACAGGCGCGACAGUUCGCGACUGGCGUGCACGCAGCACAUCCGGGCCACUGGCUUGCAUACAACUUGAGUCCAUCGUUCAACUGGGAUGCGGCUGGACUGGGAGACAAGGACAUGGAGUCGUACGUCUGGCAAUUGGGAGCACUCGGCUUCGUGUGGCAGUUCAUCACGCUCGGAGGCCUGCACUCGAACGCGUACAUCUCGGAUCUGUUUGCGAAGAACUACGCAAAGACCGGCAUGAAGGCGUACGUGGAGCUUGUGCAGCGGAAGGAGCGCGAUCUGGGCACAGACGUGCUCACACACCAGAAGUGGAGCGGUGCGGACUAUGCGGACAACUUGAUCAAAACGGUGACAGGAGGUGUUUCAUCGACGUCGGCCAUGGGAAAGGGUGUCACGGAGGCUCAGUUCACGGCCAAGUUGUAGUACUUAGACGAGUAGAGGAAAGAUUGUUCAAUGUAUGCAUCACAUCACUAGCAAUUUCAUGUCACAUGGCUCCUUCACGUGCUCACGCACGGACCACCAC